AUGUCCAAGAGGCGGCUGGACUACGUGAACCAUGCCAGGAGGCUGGCAGAGGACGACUGGGCAGGGGUGGAGAGCGAAGGCGAGGAGAAGGAGGGGGAAGAUGCGGAGGAAGAGGAGAUGGACGUGGAUCCUGGCAAGAAGCUGCCCAAGCGCUACGCCAAUCAGCUGAUGCUGUCUGAAUGGCUGGUCGAUGUCCCCUUGGAUCUGGAGCAGGAGUGGGUUGUGGUGGUGUGUCCCGUCGGGAAAAGGGCGCUAGUCGUGGCGUCCAGGGGCACAACAGCAGCUUACACCAAGAGCGGCUUCUGCGUCAACAGGUUCCCAUCCCUGCUGCCGGGGGGGAACCGGCACAAUUCAACGAGCGAGAAAGUGUACUGCAUCUUGGACUGCAUCUACAAUGAGGCAAAGCAGACGUACUAUAUCCUCGAUGUGAUGUGCUGGAGAGGACACCCUGUUUAUGACUGCCAGACCGACUUCAGAUUCUUCUGGCUUUUCUCAAAGAUCCAAGAGGAGGAAGGGCUGGGAGAGAAAAGCAGGACUAAUCCAUUCAAAUUUGUGGGCCUGCAGAACUUCCCCUGCUCCUCGGACAGCCUGUGUAAGGUGCUGGCUAUGGACUUCCCCUUCGAGGUCGACGGACUUCUCUUCUAUCACAAGCAAACCCACUAUACCCCCGGCAGCACCCCGCUGGUGGGCUGGCUCCGGCCCUACAUGGUACCCGAAAUCCUCGGGCUCGCCAUGCCCGCUACCGUGCUCACGGCCAAACCAGACUAUGCUGGGCGUCAGCUCCAGCAGAUCAUUGAGAGCAAGAAGAGUAAAAAGCUGGCAGCGGAAAAGGGUCACCCGAGCAGCGCGGCGGCUGCGAGGAACGGACAUUACGAGCUGGAACACUUGUCUACCCCUCAGCCAGCAAACUCUCCGGAGGGCCGGGACGAAGCAGUGAGCCAGAUGGAGAAUUAGGCUGCUGGGACGGACCGGUUGGGUAAGGAGAAAGCAAAAGGUUCCCUGCUUCUCACUGUCACUCGCGCUCCCUGAAAGGGGGGCAAAGGUGAUGAUAGGAUGGUUUUGUUUAAAGGGCACGAAAGCGGAAUAUCUUGCUCCAAGUGCCGCUGGAUUUUUUUUUUAACCCCCCCCCGCCCCCCAGGGCUUCUGUGAGGCCUUAACAGGAUUGUCUGGUUCUUUGCUAAAGGCAGUCGUGCGUGGGGAAACGAGAUGAUCUGUCCCCACGCUGCGGGGUUCCCGGUUCAGCUCCUGACCCUGCUUCCGUGAAAGCCUCUGGCAAAGCUCCAGCGUAGGAACAGUGCUCAGACCUCCGAGGUGCAGCUGCUGCUCGUAACCCCGGCCCCGACGGCAGCCCCGGCCCCGGAAAUCGGGGCAUUUCAGCCUUUGAUCCGGCUGUUUACCGAGGCCUUCUCAAUGAAAGUUUUGUGGUCAGUCCGCUUCUGGUAACAAAAAGUUUGCAGCAGGCUGCUGUGAAUCCAGAGGCUGGGCUUUCCACACCCACGUGUUACUCAGAAGAACUAAAUUUCCUUGCAUCGCGGCGGGCCCUGCCUCCGAGCGCAGCUUUGUGCGGCGCGAGCGCGGCAGAAGCCUGUACUCGAGGCUUUUCUCAGUAGGGGGAGGAAGGAAUGGUUUCGCUCUGAAAAACGCUAGCAUUGAUUGUGCCAAAUAAAAGGUUUCUCAGAAAGACAAAUUCUUGAGCGUCUUCCUGCUACCUAAGGGUGGAUGCGUGCUGUGCCUCCCAAAUAGGGAUUGGAAAAUCGGUUACG